AUUUUUGACUGGCUGUUAUUCAACGGCCAUUUUCCAUCUUACACACCCAACUCGUGUUCCUCUGUUUUGUAUUACCCCAAACACGUUUCAUCUUUCUUUCUUUCUUCAGAUUCUUACCAUCCAUCCACCAAACUCUUUGUUGAUUUCUGAAACUGGUUCUCCCAUAUCACCGGGGGAAUAGUUCUGAUCUUCUUGUUGCUUGGGAGUAAUGGUGGGGUCUCUGUUUGUUAUUGGCUCAUCUGUGAUGGAUUCUCCGAGCGCUCCAUGUUUAUGUCUGGAUGCUCACACGAGGAGCAAGAAGAAGAUCCAUGGCAGUUCAAGAAAGCUAGAGUUAGGAAGCUCCUUUACUGGCUCAAGCAUUGUUUUCAGGAUUUCUUCUAAACGCGUACCAAGAAUUGCGAGUAGAAGGAGCAAGAAGAAGUUCUUGAUUGUUAACGAGGACGUUGCUGGGAACUACGAUGAUACCUUCGGAGAUGUCAAAACGCAACUUAUUAACUAUUUCACUUACAAAGCUGUGAGGACGGUUCUUCAUCAGUUAUAUGAAAUGAAUCCUCCCCAAUACACUUGGUUUUAUAAUUACGUCGUAUCAAACAGACCAACUGAAGGCAAACGUUUCCUCCGCAAACUCGGCAAGGAGAGUCAGGAGCUUGCAGAAAGAGUUAUGAUCACGCGUCUCCACUUGUAUGGCAAGUGGAUCAAGAAAUGCGACCAUGGGAAGAUAUACCAAGAUAUAUCAGAUGAGAACUUGGCCUUGAUGCGUGAGCGACUGAUGGAGACCGUGAUAUGGCCUUCUGAUGACUCAAACUCAGAGGUUAUUGGCUGAAUAAGCAUGUCACAAAACCACAGCAUCUCCUUUGUGAAUCCGCUUUUCAGUUUUUAGGACUUGAGUUUUUUUUUUAGUUUGAUUACUUAUAAUAUAGCCAUUGAGCAGUGUCUAUUCUUGACAUGCACUAUAUAUCAUGAUCAAGGUCCAAGUCUUUCAACUACUAUCUAUAUAUAUAUAUUGAUUGAGAUAAAAACAUAUAAAGUUCCUUA